AUAGGUCCUUAGAGAUAACAUUAAUACUCCUUUUAUAUAUAGAAUUUUGAACCACCCCCCUAAGGUUAAGUCGUUUCUAUUUUUAAGAGUAGUGUUACCAUAUUUUAUUAUAAAAGUAUGGUGAAAAUGCUCCUUUCUUGUUGAAAGCUUGAAAAAGCUAAAUAACUACCGCUCUCUUAUUUCUCUUUGUUCUAGUUUCUCCUUUAGUCAUGGAGAAGCAGCUCCGUCGAGAACUGAGGUUCUUGCACUCUGGUGAUUUUCCCAUCCAGGAUUCUGGUGAGCCUGAUGGUGCCCUAGAUGAUUCCGGUGAUCAUGUUAAGCCUCUCAUCAAGGAAAUGGAUUUCUUUCCUAAUCAUAAUCAAUCACAUGAUCGUCAUCAAGGGAGAAAGAUUGAUAAUAAUAAUAAUCCUUUAUCUUCUUUGUUAGAUUCCGAAGUAAACAUUGGAUUAAAUCUUCUCAGUUCAAGCUCCGGAGUUUCAAGGAUAGCCAAUGAAGAGAAACCCAAAGCUGAAAUCAGUCAUGCUAAGAUUGCGUUAGAAAGGUUACAUGAAGAGAAUAGGAGACUGAGAUGCACGUUGGGUCAGAUUACUAAAAGCUACAAAGAGCUACAAGGUCAACUAUUCAUGGCGGUGCAAAAAUUGGCGCUUGGAAAUCAAACAGAAAAGAAGGAUGCAGUAAAUGGCACGUCAAGUCCCAUAAUGUCAGUCCCACAGUUCAUGGACCCACGACCAUCGGCUGCAUUAGAUGUCAAUGAACCUUCGGCAUCUGACGAUAGAACACAAGAUUUGUCAGCAUCCCCGGGGAAAAAUAUGGAAGUUGUAUCGAAGGAAGGCGAACAUCAAAUUCCAGGAAAGCACGCUUCUGUUGAAGAUGGUUCCGAUCAAACGUCUCAAAGCUGGAGACCGACAAAAUGUCCAAAGCUAGAUCAUUCUAACAAGGAAGAGCAAGUCUCUGAAGUACCUUUUAGGAAAGCCAGAGUGUCGAUUAGAGCCAGAUCAGAAGCUCCCUUGAUAAGCGAUGGAUGUCAAUGGAGGAAAUAUGGUCAAAAGAUGGCCAAGGGUAAUCCUUGCCCACGAGCCUACUACCGUUGCACCAUGGCUGUUGGCUGCCCAGUCCGUAAGCAGGUGCAAAGAUGUGCGGAGGAUAAAAGCAUUCUCAUAACCACAUAUGAAGGGAAUCACAAUCAUCCUCUACCACCACCAGCCACUGCUCUGGCUAACACUACGUCAGCCGCUGCAGCAAUGUUGCUAUCAGGUUCAACAACAAGCAAGGAUGGCCUUAGCCUACCGAGUUUUAGCUACUUUCCUUCCUUACCCUAUGCAUCCACAAUGGCCACCUCAGCGGCACCGUUCCCUAUCGUAACCCUUGACUUGACUCAGGGCCCAAAUACAGUUCCCUUCUUACGGCCGCCGCCUUCCGCAGCUACAUUUCCACUAUCUGUGCACGGUUACCCACAGAUUUUAGGGCACUCCAUGUUGGCUCCUCCCAAGUUAUCUGCAGUAUCGGCAAUGCAGUUAUGGCAACGUCCUGUUUCUAUGGUUGAAACUGUUACAGCAGCCAUUGCUUCUGAUCCAAAUUUCACCACAGCCUUAGCCGCAGCUAUUUCGACAAUUAUUGGAGCACCAAAAAGCAACAACGGUGGCAAUAACAAUUCCUCCAAUGGGGUAGCUACUCUUCCCGCAUCACCCCAGCUUCCACAGUCUUGCACCACUUUUUCUGCUAACUAGCCAGGGUGAUUAAAAAUUUGGGUCUUCUCAGGCUCGUGAUAUUUUCACUUUUUAUUGCAUAAGCGUUUGGUAGGUAAUCAGCCAGUUAGAGAGAAGGGUCCAUCUCUUGUAUGAUUAUAAAAACAGGUAGUUCCACUUCCAGGCGCCAUCCGAUAUUCAAUAUGAUCAAACCAGUAAAAUAUUUGGAACAAGAUCUGAUGUACAGACAAAUACUGUUGCACCUCCGAGAUAUUAAGGGAUUUCUUGCUACUCUUUUGAUCAACAACAGUAUAUUGAUUGUUGGUUGUUAGAUAAUGACCGCCUUUUCUAAUCUAAAGAUGCACUAUACUUUCCGUAGAGAAUAUAUGAUCCUAAGCAUACUGAGAGCUUAGAUUGCACUGUAAGAAUGAAUUUCUUCAAAGUAUUUCUUGUGUUGUAGAUAAUCUUUCUACAUAAUAAUUAAAUUUAAAGUUUUUUACGAAGAGA